AGGAGGAGGUUUUCACAGCUCGGUGGGGUGGUGGAGGUAUGACUGCGCUGGCUGGGUCAGUGCCCAGGAUGAUGCGACCCACGCUGGCUCAGAACUACCCCCACAGCGGCUUCCCCCUGGAAGUGUCCACCCCGCUGGGCCAGGGCCGGGUCAACCAGCUCGGGGGGGUCUUCAUCAACGGCAGACCUUUGCCCAACCACAUCCGACACAAGAUCGUGGAGAUGGCCCACCACGGGAUCCGGCCGUGCGUCAUCUCCCGGCAGCUCCGGGUCUCCCACGGCUGCGUGUCCAAGAUCCUGUGUCGGUACCAGGAGACGGGCUCCAUCAGACCCGGGGCCAUCGGAGGCAGCAAACCCAAGCAGGGGACGUCGCCGGACGUCGAGAGGAGGAUAGAGGAGUACAAGCGGGAAAACCCGGGUAUGUUUAGCUGGGAGGUUCGGGAUAAAUUACUGAAGGAUGGGAUAUGUGACCGCAACAGCGUUCCUUCAGCAGCUUCUCCGCGGAAGAAGGAGGAGGUUUUCACAGCUCGGUGGGGUGGUGGAGGUAUGACUGCGCUGGCUGGGUCAGUGCCCAGGAUGAUGCGACCCACGCUGGCUCAGAACUACCCCCACAGCGGCUUCCCCCUGGAAGUGUCCACCCCGCUGGGCCAGGGCCGGGUCAACCAGCUCGGGGGGGUCUUCAUCAACGGCAGACCUUUGCCCAACCACAUCCGACACAAGAUCGUGGAGAUGGCCCACCACGGGAUCCGGCCGUGCGUCAUCUCCCGGCAGCUCCGGGUCUCCCACGGCUGCGUGUCCAAGAUCCUGUGUCGGUACCAGGAGACGGGCUCCAUCAGACCCGGGGCCAUCGGAGGCAGCAAACCCAAGCAGGGGACGUCGCCGGACGUCGAGAGGAGGAUAGAGGAGUACAAGCGGGAAAACCCGGGUAUGUUUAGCUGGGAGGUUCGGGAUAAAUUACUGAAGGAUGGGAUAUGUGACCGCAACAGCGUUCCUUCAGUGAGCUCCAUCAGCCGGGUCAUGAGGAGUAAGUUCGGAGGGAGAGGCGAUGAGGAGGAGGAGGAGAUGGAGAAGAAGGAGCUGGAGGAGAACGAGCGGAGGACCAAACACAGCAUUGAGGGCAUCUUAGGAGACAGAUCGAGUCACUCAGACGACGGUUCAGAUGUGGAGUCCGAGCCCGAUCUGCCGCUGAAGAGAAAGCAGCGGCGCAGUCGGACCACGUUCACCGCGGAACAGCUGGAGGAGCUGGAGAGGGCCUUCGAGAGAACGCACUACCCCGACAUCUACACCAGGGAGGAACUGGCUCAGAGGGCCAAGCUCACCGAAGCACGAGUGCAGGUGUGGUUCAGCAACAGGCGAGCGAGGUGGAGGAAGCAAGCUGGAGCUAAUCAACUGAUGGCGUUCAAUCACCUGAUCCCCGGAGGAUUCCCCCCCACGGCCAUGUCCAGCAUCCCCCCCUACCAGCUCUCUGACUCCACUUACCCCCCCUCAUCUUUAGCGCAAGUUUUGCUAUUAAGCAGCCUGUGCAUCCACUUCCCAAACAUUUCUUCCUCGUGUCUCACCUGUGGAGAAAGCCCAUUUCCUAUGGCAGGGUUCAUGGUGAUGGGUCUGCUGAACCCCGGCGGUGUACCACACCAGCCCCAAAGCGACUACGCCAUCUCCCCUCUGACGGGCGGCCUCGAGCCCCCUGCCGGCAUGACGGCCAGCUGCAGUCAGCGCAUGGACCACAUCAAAGGCCUGGAGGGUCUCACCAGCGUCCCCUCCAUGUCUGCCCUGCCCUCCCUGCCCAGUUCCCAGUCCUACUGCACCCCAUCGUACAGCUCGCCGGGCUACACGGUCGACCACGUCGCGUCCUACCAGUACAGCCAGUACGGACAAAGUGCCCUUCCUUAUCUGAGGCCUGAGAUCACCUGAUCAGUGGUUUCACAGGUGGACCUGUGUGUGCACCGCAACAGAAAAGCCUUAAUAUCUGGACCAAAACGUUCUACCAUGUAUCAGGACCUGUUCUCCACGGCAGAUUAUUAUCUUAGUAAUUACAACAGAGGAAUGGACCAAAAGAAACAUAAAGAAGGGAUCAAGAUGAGCAAAACCUGCUGAGUGACUGUGAACGUUGAUGAACAGCAGAGCUGUGGGAGAAGUCAGCUCAGUGAGGCACU